CGUCAAACACGCUGGCCGCAAGCACCUGUUAAUUUUCACCAUCGCGCAGCUUCUGAAGCUUUCCACCGACCUGCGGAGGAGCAUGCCAGCGAUCUGGGGCGUCUUCAUGAUUGCCAAGGACUGCGAGCUGAACAAUCACCUCAACGCCGACUGCAAGGACUACCUCACCAUGUGCAAGAAGAGCGUCCAAAACCUUGCACAUGGCGCGCCCAAGGCGUAUCAGUACCCAGUCUUAGCGGGCACGCUGACCCAGGAGGACGGCGAGGGAGCCAACGAGAAGGUGAUGAAGCAGCCCGAGAUCCACCUCGCAACCAAGAACAUUCCCGACAGUGCGCUGCUAUGCCCUUGGCUGCGGGCCCAUCUGGCGCACGAUUCGACCCCGGCCAAGCUGUCCACCAUGUUGCGCGAGACGGGGGCCACGGCGGUGGACGGGGACACCCAUGGCAGCCGAGUGGCGAUCAUCGACUCCCAGAAGCGGAUUGGCGCCAAGUUCAUGCUGGGGGCCACGCCGCCAGGCCACCACGAGGACGUGGACCAGGGCGUCCUCGCGGGGAGGUCGAAGUCUAGGGCGUGGAGGUCGCGGGCCCCCCCCGGUCUUGGCGCGCGAUCGCGCGCCCCCGUGCUGACCCCUACCCAGGAGGCCAUGGCUCGUUCGCAUUAUCGGGCGAUGAUUUGGGAGUGCGAUGGAGGCCGAAGGCAUUCUGAGUAUGUUGCACUGCACGUGUGAGAUCCGAGGAGAUGGUCCUCACGAGAGAGGGUCGGCCGUCUUCUGCCCGUGGGGAAGGCAACGAAUGACGUGCAGGCUUCAUACUGAGUUGGUGCCGCUUAUUGUUGUGGUUUGCUUUUCCCUUCUCCUUCUUCCCCCCUGGCUUGCCAGGGCGCCAUAAACAAACUAUUGCUUCAGCGAGCGUAGUAAUUCGGGGCUGCCCGGACCAGGAG